CCUUCGGAUGACCGGAUAUUGUGCGGCGAUUCCACGUCGCAACUCAUCGUAAAUAUUAUAAAGUCUACUGUCUCUAAUUCUUGCUUAGCAGGAAUACCCGUUGUAAUCAGAUAUGGCAAAUCAAGGGGUAGACGAACUUUUUGAUAUUCGCACUGCAUUGCUGAUCGGUAAUUAUCAGCAUUGUAUUAACGAAGCCCAGAAAUUGCACGUUAGCAGCCCAGAACAAAAGAUUCAGCGCGAUGUCAUAAUGUAUAGAGCCUACAUUGCCCAGCGCAAAUAUGGUGUCGUCUUGGACGAGAUUCGCCCAGGACAAGCAGACGAACUUCAGGCAGUGCGUAUGUUUGCAGAUUAUUUGGCCAAUGACUCAAAAAGGGAUGCCAUUGUACGUGAUCUGGACUCUAAGUUGAUAGGCAAUGUUGACAUGAGCAAUAGCAUUUUUGUGCUAAUGGCUGCUUCCAUUUACUACCAUGAACAGAAUUACGAUGCAGCUCUAAGAGCCCUUCAUCAGUCAGACAAUUUGGAAUGUAUGACUUUGAUGACAGAAAUUCUUCUAAAAAUGGACAGAGUGGAUUUAGCCAAGAAAGAACUGAAACGCAUGCAGGACACAGAUGAGGAUAGUAUCCUUACUCAGCUUGCUCAAGCUUGGUUCAACCUGGCAGUAGGUGGCGACAAGUUCCAGGAUGCCUACUACAUUUUCCAGGAGCUGGCUGACAAACAUGCCAGCACUCCUUUACUGCUGAAUGGUCAAGCUGCCUGCUACAUGGGGCAGGGGCGCUUUGAUGAUGCAGAGUCUGUCCUUCAAGAAGCACUAGACAAGGAUAGCAACAAUCCUGAAACACUGAUCAACAUGGUGGUGCUCACCCAGCACAUUGGCAAAUCACCUGAGCUCAGUAACAGAUACGUAUCACAGCUAAAAGAUUCACACAGAAGUCACCCAUUUGUAAGAGAUUAUCUUCAGAAGGAGAGCGAAUUUGAAAGAAUAGCCAAAAAUUAUGCACCAUCAGUUACUGCAUAGGUUAUGUUGUUGAAAAUGUGUUUACAUUAAAUGUGUAUUUGAGGGUUUUCUUACAAAAAUGGAUUUUGUUUUGAAAAUUGUCCUGAAACUUCGAACUUCAUACAUGUUUGUGCUAUUUUCCUUAUAGUGCUACCAACUUUAUGGAACUGUUUAUGUUUUGUAGUACAACAGGAUACAGCAUAAGAACUAGCUUUGUUUGUUUUUGAAAUGACCACUAUUUAUCUUAUAUAUGUAGGAUUACUUGCAGAGGAGCAGUUUAAAAAUUCUUGAGUGGGACAUUAAAGCAUUUGGUAUAGAAAUUUAUAGGGGAACAAAAUUAUGACCUAGCUAUUAUGCACCUGCAAUUCAAUUUCGGCUAGGUUAAAAAUUAGUGUAAAAUUUCUGUUGAGACUUGUACAAAUUGUUCCUUCAAAUGAGACAGGGGAAGUAUAUAUUAAAAAAAAAAAGGGUGAAUGAUCGAUGCACUAACUGUUGUAAAUAUUAAAGAAAAUGCAAUUUCAA